AACUCAACAAAUAAAAGAAGGACUCUGAAAAUAAUGCGAUUGUAUGUAAAUAUUUCUCUUAAAGUGUCACACUUUUCUGGACCGUUUUAUUUUGAACACGCAGAAUUCGCUGGUGAUUUAAUUUUGGAACGUUGCCCAGAAGUUCCGCGCACACGAUGUCCGUCGCCCGACAGCGAAAGUCUUCAGAAAACUCGUUUUUUUUUUUCACUCAUAAUCAAAUCAUAACACUGGAACAUUUGAAUUGCUCAUAUUUCAAGUGAUUUACAACGAUCGGUGCUUCAACUCCGAAGUGAACGUUUCGGGAGCACGUCUAAAUAUAGAAUCUUUUAAUAGAGGAAUACCAGACCUAACGAUGUUGCUCGCGCGAGUAAAAAUGGACUCGCGCUGCGGCGAUGAGUGACGAGGAAGAGAUAAAGUUCAAUGUUCCUAUCAUAAAAAAGGAAUCUGAAGUACAAACAGUGGGUCGCGAAAUUACAAAGUCACCAGUGAGAAAAAGAGACGAAGAUAUGGCUGACAACGGUGAAAAUCAAACUAUGUCUAUACGAAAAAGGAGAAAUUUAUCGAAGAAUAGAGGACUCAAUGCGAGGGAAAAAACACCAGAACCUGGCAGGACCCCGAUUCCCCAUGAAGACACCACUACGACGGACGAAGAAGAUAACCCUCAACGGACUUCUAGGGAAAUAGAAGCUGAUAAUACCUACGAGGAAAUGAAACGACUAGUUCUCGAGCAGGCAAAAGCAAAAGAUCCAGUGUAUGAUUUAAAUACUGACGAAAUACUGGAGGCCAGAGCAAUGGAAGCAAACGAAAGGCGAAGGCGAAGUAUUUCCCCUUUCGCUCUUCCAGAUAAGGAUGAAAUAUCACAGCUUGAACGAAAAUUAAGUUUUGUCGAUCCUACCAAUAAACUUUUAUCUACAAACUAUUGUGUAACUCUGAAAGACGAAGAUUCUAAAAGGAGAAAUUCUUUGACGUUGGACAUGCCCCCAAAACUUGAUUCAAUUAGACCUUCGUCUGCUAAUGUGUCACCUAAGGAUAAAGAUGCCCCGUUCCAAUUACCGAGCACACCGAAAAAACUUGAACAAAUGGUUUAUCCAGAUGAGUUAACCAAAAAGAAACCAGUUGAAGAUAGUGCACCAAAGGAAGUUAAAAAGGAACCCAUACCCAAACCUCCGAGAAAAAUAUCCGAAACUCCUCCAGCUCCGGGUGAAUUAGUGACAAAAGUUAUUCAAGUUGAACGAACACCGAGCAAAAAGUUAGCUCCAGAUCAAAAACCGGCAGUAGAAGUCAGGGAAAGGAUUGUCAGGACGCCGAGCAGAAAAUUGCCAGCCGAUACAAAACCUACAGUAACGAAACAGAUACAAAAUAAAGCACAUGAGCAACCUAGCGAAGAACCAGUUCAACCACCAGUCAAACCAGCAAGAAGCAAAUCUGCAUCACGAUUUGGGAAUAAAACUAGUGAGAGUGAAAUGAGUGAGGACCAACUAUAUAAUCGUUUAAAUGGUGCUAAACGUAAAGUAGUCCCAACCCCAAGAAGAUUUUUGAAAAAGUCUCCUAGAGCAAAUCGAUCCAACUCAGUUAAUAGAGUAGAAGAUGUAAAAGUAGUAGACAAAACAGGCACAGGAAUGAGCCAGACUAGCUUAGAGAUAAUAGAAAUGAUGCAAAAAGCUAGAGCAAGAAGUCUGUCUAUCCCAAAAGAUGAUUCCCGAUUACCAUCAGCUUACAAAGGUUACACGAAAGUCUUGGAAACGCCAAACAAAACUCCGUCAUCUCUGAGAAAUACAAGAGGUAUAUCAUGUCCUAAAACAAUUCAAAUCAUAAGCGACAAGGAAAUUCUAUCUGGACUGAAUAGCAAGCGAACUCAUCGAAGACAUCGAGAUUAUAAAAAACAUAGCAGACAGAGUUCUGGCUAUGUCGAAGCUAGCCAGUCCGAAUAUACCUCUACUAGUUGUUACACAUCAUCAGGUAGUGAGAAUGAAUACGAAUUCGACCUUUCUGUUAAAACUGCUGAAUUAACAAGAAAACUACAUCUUUUGAGUAGAGAAGUAGACGAACAUGAGGCCAAAUGCAAUAUCAUGUUGUCAUCAGACAGUGAAAAGAAAGAACUUGAUCCGAAAUCUGUACUCAGAAAACGUUCAAUUGCUGCCAAAAACGUUCCAGUUACUCCAAAAGAAAUCGUAACAGAAAUAAAACGAAAAACUAGCAUCGAAAAACCACUAAAACAAGAAACAGUAAAGAAACGAUCGCGUUGGACUUUGAUCGCUAAUUGGCAACAGUUUAAAGACGACAAUCGAAUUGCUUAUAAUAAAUUGAUAUCAUUAAGAAAUAGAUGUAUAUGUAAUUUGUUACUACUUAUAUUUAUGUGUGGUUUGGGAGGAAUGAUGUUCAAAACUUUAGAGGGUUCUUUCGAGAACGCAUAUAAGUGUAGCACGAGGAAUGUUAAGAGAGAUUUCAUUGAGAAUCUGUGGCGUGGAAGCCAUUAUCUAAGAGAAGAAGAUUGGAAGUCCAUGGCAAGAAAGAAGCUGUAUGAAUUUGAGGAUCAAUUGCACACAGCCCACGAAGCAGGUGUUACCUCGUAUAGCGGUCAGAGAUCAUGGAAUUUCAUGAAUUCAUUCGUAUAUUGCUUAACGUUAGUGACGACUAUUGGCUACGGUCACAUCGCUCCGAAAACCACUUAUGGUCGUGUGGCUACUAUCAUCUACGCCAUCAUUGGCAUACCUUUGUUCCUGAUCGUGCUGGCUGACUUUGGCAAACUCUUCACGAGGAUCAUAAAAUUCUUUUGGGCCUACAUCAGAAGGUUCUAUUACACCAGAAGUUGCAGACGAGUGAGACGAACGGGACCGGUUCAGGAGGUGAUGAAAGGUCUCAACAUCGUAUACGAAGUGGUACGGCGACCAUCACAGGUGUUCUCUGAAGAAGACAUCGAGGUAGCUGGCCCACCAGUAGAGAGGAAGACCAGCGAUGCCCCACCACCCUUACCCCCUAAACCUGGAGUUACCAGAGAGGUAGAAGUAGAAACUGACCCUGGGACCCCCGCACCAUCAGUUUUCGAGAUAGACGACGAGUUCAAUCUACCCAUAUCAGUAGCGAUCUUCAUUCUAGUAGUCUAUAUCAUAAUCGGUGCUAUUGGUUAUAAUAUGUGGGAGACUUGGAGCUUCUUUGAAUCGUUCUAUUUCGUUUUUAUAUCUAUGUCGACCAUAGGUUUGGGUGAUUUGGUUCCUGACCAUCCUAUGUUCAUGAUGGCUUCUAUUCUAUAUCUAGUUUUCGGUCUGGCUUUAACGUCUAUGUGUAUAAAUGUAGUACAAGUUAAAUUGUCAGAUACUUUUAGACAGGCUAGUGCUAAACUCGGAGCAACUAUAGGUCUUAAAGUAGCCGAGGAAGAUGGUAGCUUAGUGCCCAUUACUCCACCACCAGUAGAAAUAGCACCAGUACACAAACCGAAUAACAUAGAGGAGAGUAAAAUUAAAGGGGAAGAAACCAAAGAGGAUGUUAAGAAUAGAUAAUAUAAGGAUGUGUUAGUAUUUUGUUAUUUGUUAAGGAAUGAUACA